AUGGGGGCUGAUCAACGGAGAAAACGGCUUAAUGCUGCCAGCCUUGCUGGCUGUAGUUCCUGGGAGCCCUACAAAACCAAAAAGAACAAGAAAUCAAAGAAUGACGUGCAUGCAAAAUCUCUUAUUUCUCUUGAGUGGGAUGGCAACCGAAAAAAGGUAGUUGCCAAAAGGGAGCAAAUUGGCAUCAGUCGGACAGAUUUGAGGCCUUUUAUUGAUUCUGUUCCACAGCAUCAUAAUCCUUUAGCAGAUGUUUUUGCUGUUCCUCGAGAAGUUUUUGAGUUGCAGAAUUUGGCAGAGGUCCUUUCGUAUGAGUCUUGGCAAACUCAUUUAUCAGAAAAUGAGAGAAACUUUCUUAGGCAGUUUCUACCUACAGGACUAGGUGCAGAAGAAGUUGUGGAAGCAUUGCUUUCAGGGGAUAACUUCCAUUUUGGAAAUCCAUCACUCAGAUGGGGUGCUUCACUUUGCUCUGGUGAUCUUCACCCUGAUGUGGUUCUUUAUCAGGAACAGCGUCUAAAGGCUGAUAAAAAAGCAUACUACUCCGAGUUACAAGAUUAUCAUAAUGACAUGAUAACAUAUUUGCAGAAGUUGAAGGACACAUGGGAAAGUAGCAAGGAUCCAGAAAAGGAAGCUUUGCAGAAGAUAUGGAGGAGGCCAAGAAGUGAUGCAGAUAAAAGAAUUUCCCUUUGCGACAACGAGUCUAAAUUUUAUGACCUUGGGGAGAAUGUGGUGGCAACAUCCGAAUCCUGCUCCUUGGUUGCAGAGGAGAAAGCAUCCAGCAGCGAUAAUCAGAACUCUCCUGUAACAAAGGGUGGAGAGGUUCCAAAAAGGAUUUGUGAGAAAGGCUUCAUGAAGAAGAAAUGUAGAAAGCCAUUGGUUGCUUCAGAUGAUGCAAGACCCGGAAAAGGAGACAACCUACACAAGCUCAAUAUCCACCAUAGUGAUGGUGCCAAAUAUAUGUCAUACUUAAAGAUAAGCAAGAAGCAGCACCAACUUGUUAAGAGCAUGAAGCAGUCUGGUAAAAGCAUUCAAUCCAAUUCUCUUAACGGUGUUUUAGGUGACUUUGAUACUUUGCAUGUACAACCAUAUGAAGAAUUUGUGAAAGAGGAACAUAAGAAGUUGCAGGAACAUUGGAUGCAAUUGGCAAACAAAGAUCUUCCUGCAGCAUAUGCAAUCUGGAGAGAAAGACAGUUUCAGAGACGGGAGAUAACCAAAUCUUUGGAGGAAGAGAUGGAAGGUCAACUAAAAUAUCCAGUGGAGUAUCUAGAGAAAGAUGGCCAUGCGUUUCAGCUUCAGGAUCAGAGUGAUCAAGGCGCAAACCAAAAUGAGACUAAUGCGGAGGAUAAGCAGGAACAUAACCACGAGAUUUUGCUUCGGGAUCAGAAUGAUCAUGAAGUAGGAAUCCAAGAAUCCAACAUUUCUGACAAUGAAGAUUCUGUAGCUGACUGCCCACAUGAUCAGUCUCUGCAGCAUAUUUCCUCCCUUUCUGUUGGCCAGGAUCUUAACCCUAUAGAUAUGAAUACGGAAAAUGGUCAUGUCCAUUUGAACUCUGAUUCAGAUGAAGCUUCUCCACAUGUAUCCGAGUACUCAGGGAGCAUGCAUGUCGCAGAUGCUUCCAUUGAUCAGGGAGUUCCCAUCUCUUCUGGUGGAGAUGUCUGGUCAGCAGUUAGCAUACCCAAUUCAUAUUAUAAUUCUACUGCAAACAAUGAAUACACAUCUAGUGGUAUAUUGUCACUGCCACACCAAGUUAAUGAAGAACAACGCUCUCAGUUGAUUGAUUUGGAAUCUGAAGUGCAUGAAGAAGACACUGGGAAAGCUUUGUUGCACAGACAGUCUGAUGAUGGUUCUUUCAGUUCUUAUCCAAACCAUGAUCGUAGUGGGUUGCUUCAAUCUUUGUUCAAAGGUCAGGUAAUGUUGCCCUACCAUAAUGAACAAAAACAAACAGGGUUAGAUUUUCAAUCACCAAAUGAUGUUCUAAUGCAAGAUGGUCAGUAUACCGGGCAUCUCCAGGGGCAGCUUCAGCCCUCGCUGUCACUUGAACAGGGACAGAAGAGGCACACUGAGGAUUACAUGCAACAAAAUAUAUCAGAGGACAUUUAUUCUGAGGGAGGAGGAUUCUUGAUUCCAAGACAAGGACCUGCACCACCAGUCAAUCUGCAAGACUGGAAUGUUAAUCCUGUUCGCAUGCCAGCACGGCUCCAAUCCCAUCUGAAUGAUGAUGGCUUGUUAACCCAGAACUGGUUCUCCAGGGAGCAUCAAGUUCGUGGGGACUGGACUGGUGCAGGUGGUGCUAGUGUCUCAAACCAGAGCAUUGGAAGUAAUGCAGAUCAAAGCCUAUUUAGUGUUCUAUCCCAGUGUAACCAACUGAAUACUAGAAGCCCCAUUAACCAAUUACGUUCUGGUAGCCCCAUCAAUCAGCGUCCAAAUGGUGCCUUUGAUUCAGCGGGCUCUGCUGAGCAGUUUGUGUUGCCGAGGAACUAUGGUAUGGUGAGUGGCGUUACCCCCAGGAUCAGUAAUGCUUUACCACAAGCUGCUCAUCCACUUGACUACUUUAGUGGGCGUGACUCUGCUAGUUCCCUGAUGCCUGAUGAUAUGGGAUGGAUGCCUUUGCCACAGAAUUCUGCUUUACAUGAUCCAAUGGGGAAACCGUACUUAAGGUCGUGGAAUCAGUGA